AUGCCAUCACACAACCUGGAACUAAAAGAAAAUGUACCAGUUAUGUCAUUAAGAAAUCUGGAUUCUCCAAAGUUUUGUAACAGAACAAGGUUAAUUGUCAAGAAGAUGCUUCGUCAUCUCUUGGAAGUAGAGAUCCUUACUGGUCUAAGAAAAGAGGAAAGAGAUUUAAUUCCAAGAAUCCCCUUAAUUUCUCCAGAUCUUCGUUUUGAGCUCAAAAGACUUCAGUUUCCAGUGAGAGUGGGCUAUGCAAUGUCAGUCAAUAAGUCCCAAGGACAAUCAUUAACAGUAACAGGGCUUCAUCUGAUAGAACUCUGCUUUUCUCACGGCCAGCUCUAUGCUGGUUGUUCAAGGGUUAGAAAUGGAAAUAAGCUGUUUGUACUGACCCCGAAUGGGAAGACCAAAAAUGUUGUUUAUCAUGAAGCUUUGCAAUAA